GGGUCUUGGCUCCAAACCUUCAUCCACUGGGGACAUGCAGGGGCUUGGUGGGACACUGGGAUCCCACAUCAGCACGCCUGUCCUUGCAGGUGACGGGACCAUGGAUGGUGAGGAGGACAGAGAUGGUGAGAAGAUGGAGACAUGCCAAAGAGAAGCCAGGAUGGGACAACGUGGGGCUGGGAAAUGGGUGGAGAAGGGGAUGAGGGGUGGUGGGAUGGGGGACCGAAUGUGGCCAGUUGGUCCCGUUGCUGGAGAUGACGUCUGCGGGGAGGGUAGGAGAAGUUUUCCCUGUGGACCAUCCCUGGCCACCCACGGGCAAGUCCACACUGGUGAGAAGCCCUAUAAGUGUCCUGAGUGUGGGAAGAGCUUUGGGCGCAGCUCCCACCUCAUCGCCCACCAACGUACCCACACCCACGAGCGACCCUACAGUUGUCCCGACUGCGGGAAGAGCUUCAACCAGAGGUCCAACCUCCUCAUCCACCAGCGGGUCCACACUGGGGAGAGACCCUAUGGAUGUCCUGAGUGUGGGAAGAGCUUCAGCUAUAGGUCUGUCCUCCUGAUCCACCAGAAGACCCACACCGGGGACAAGCCUUACACCUGCACCGACUGCAGGAAGAUCUUCAGCCAGAGCUCGGACCUGACCAAGCACCGCCGGAUCCACACUGGAGAGAGACCCUACAGUUGUGCCGAGUGUGGGAAGACCUUCAGCCUCCAUUCCCACCUCCUCUCCCAUCAGAGGACCCACAAGGGUGAGAAGCCCUACGCUUGCCCCGAGUGCGGGAAGAGCUUCAACGAUAGUUCCAACCUGAUAACCCACCAACGUAUCCACACCGGGGAGAAGCCCUACAGAUGCCCCGAGUGUGAGAAGGGUUUUGGACGCCUCUCGCAUCUCCACCGGCACCAGAGGACCCACACAGGGGAGAAGCCCUUCACCUGCCUGAGCUGCGGGAAGAGCUUCAGUGAGAGCUCGUCCCUCAUCCGUCACCAGCGGGUCCAUACAACGGGGAGGAGGAGGAGGAGGAGGAGUGGGGGGGGGGGCACACACACACGGCCACGAGCUGAAGCCGCCGGGACCGAAAAGAACGGAGUCACCGGAGUCGCCUUUGUGGUUGUCGGGGGGUCGCGUUGUCGCCGUGGGUGUCCCCCCCCUCGCCCCUUCUCCCCGGGUGGCAGGAUCCCCGUGUCACCGGCCAAGGUGCGGGAACGGGCGAUGGAUACCUGGGGGGCUGUGGAGCCGGAGCAGACGGUGCUUUUUGGGGGUGACGGGGAGGAGGACGCCUACAACCCCCCGGUGAUGCAGAGGACACCGAGCGACCCCGAGACGGACCCCCAGACAGCAGGCGAUCCCGAGAUCGUAGAGAUGGAUACGGCCGCCUUGUUGGGUCACCCCGAAGAGGGUUCACCGGGCGAACGGAGCCCGGCACGGGAAACCCUGCGUUGGACCGUGGUCCAGCAGAUCGACUCUCCCGGUGCGGCAGGAGGUCGGCGCGGCGGUAAAACCGGAGCAGGAGCUGGCACCUUCUCCAACUUCAAGAGCAUCAUUGUGUUGCAGAAGAGUUAUGAGUGCGGGGAAUGCGGCAAGAGCUUCAGCUGCAGCUCCCACUUCAGCAAACACCGGCGGACCCACACUGGUGAGAAACCCUUCCUCUGCCUCCAUUGCGGUAAGAGCUUCAACGUCAGCUCCAACCUCUACCGGCAUCAACGGGCUCAUGCUGCCGAACGGCCAGGUCCACCGGCUCCGCCGGCGCGUCCCCGUGGGUUGCCGUAUAAAUGCGAGGAGUGCGGGAAGAGUUUUCGCCGUAACAAGGAGCUGGUGACCCACCAACGGUUGCACACCGGUCGCUUGCCCUUCCAAUGCAGUCACUGCGGUAAGAGCUUCAGUUGGAGCUCCCAUUUUGACCGUCACCAACGUGUCCAUACUGGUGAGAAGCCCUACCAGUGCCCUGAAUGCGGUAAGCGUUUUAGCCGUAGCUCCCACCUCUACCGGCACCAACGCACCCAUGCCGGCGGUCGCUCUUACAUCUGCACUUAUUGCGGGCGUAGUUUUGGUAGCACCCUCCAUUUUGACCGGCACCAACGUACCCACACCGGCCAACGACCCUACAAGUGCACCCUAUGCCGGAAGAGUUUUGGUGAUGGGCCGGCGUUGGUCAAACACCAACGCCUUCAUCUGGGUGAUGGUCCUUUCCGUUGCGAAGAGUGCGGUAAAGCCUUUGGCGCCCGCGCCCAAUAUGCCCGGCAUCGGCGUAGCCUCCACGGUGGCGGUGAGAAACCGUACCGUUGCGGUGAUUGCGGGAAGAGUUUUUCCUGGAGCUCGCACUGGGAACGACAUCAACGUAUCCAUACCGGAGAACGACCCUACCAAUGCGGGGACUGUGGCAAACGUUUCGGCCGGACCUCCCAUCUCUACCGGCAUCAACGUACCCACGCUGGUGGGCAACCCCACAUCUGUGCCGAUUGUGGGAAGAGCUUCAACAGCACCCUACACUUCCAUAAGCACCAACGGGCUCACGCCGGUCCCCGGCACGCCUGUCCCGAUUGCGGCAAGGCGUUUGCUGAUGGUUCGGCGUUGGCUAAGCACCGACGGGCACAUGCCGGUGAGAAGCCUUUCCCUUGCCCGCAGUGUGGACGGCGUUUCGGCGUCAGUUCCCAUCUUCACCGUCAUCUCCGUAGCCAUGGCGAGGAAGAGCCGCCGGAGGAGCCGCCGGAUGAGCUCACGCCCUACACGGGGAGCCGCCUCCACCGGGACCGGUGCUCGGCGAGGAGAGUCCCCGGAGCCCGGGGGGGGGGAACCCCGGGAACCCGGGCUGUGCCCCCCCCCGCAACCCCCCCCCCCCCCCCCCCCCCGCCCCGCCGCAGGGACCGGACUUUUGGUUGUGGGGUGACGCCACCCACCUGGGACACCCCCCUGUCCCCCCCGGGACCCCCCGUCCCCCCAUUUUUCGGGGCCACCAUGCAGGAGAACUACGAGAACGUGAUUUCCUUGGCGGAGGAGAUCGCCAUCAGUUGGCCGCGCAUCACCGCCUUCGCCGAAUCCCACCGGAGGCGGGGGCUGGUGUCGGUCAUUUUUCCAGGCGUGGAAGCAGAGGGCGAGCAGGGUCAACCGGAGCCCACCCAGAUCCAACCCUCGACGGGGGCCGGUUCCAGCGAUGGGGGGGUGAACCCCGAUUUACGUCGCCAGUUGGGCCUGAUCCUGCAAACGGCCGGCAGGAGCCAGGUGGAGAAGAUGCUGCGGGAGCUGGUGCGGGAGCAGGGGCAGGGGGGGAAGCGCCGGAGCCGCAAGAAAACACCCAAGGAUGGAGGCACCGGCGCCGGGAGCGGGACGGAGGAGGAUUCAGCACUGCGGGACGGCGAGGAGACGGCGCUGGAGGAUGCCGAUCAGCACCAAAGCGGGGGACAGGCGGGUGAAGCCCCUGCCGCCGGUAAAGGGAAUGGGGGCAAGAAGGGCAGCGCGGCAUCGCCCGCAUCCCGGGGUGGUUGUGCCGAAUGUGGGAUGCGGAACCGGUCACAGAGUCCGGUAAAGCCGCGGCGGUGCACUGAGUGCGGGCGGCGGUGUCGGCAAUCAGCCCGGCAGCCGGAGCGCGGUGGCGAGAAGCCACACCGGUGUGGUGACUGCGGCAAAGGCUUCAGCCGAGGGUCCAACCUUGCCCAGCACCGGCGUAUCCACACUGGUGAACGGCCUCACCGUUGCGGUGAUUGUGGCAAAGGCUUCAUCCAACGCUCCGACCUGGAGCGGCACCGGCGGGUUCACACCGGUGAACGGCCAUAUCCUUGCGGCGACUGUGGCAAACGGUUCAGCGUCAGCUCCCACCUUGACCGGCAUCGCCGUACCCAUACCGGCGGACCCGGUCCACCUGCCCAACCCCGCACCCGUCCUCGACCGCCUCCGCCGGAGGGGUCACUGGCUCCUCACCGCUGCCCUGAAUGCGGUAAGAUCUUCGCCCAACGCUCUGCUUUGGCCAAACACCGUAAGACCCACAGUGGCGAACGACCUCACCGCUGCGGCGAUUGUGGUAAGAGCUUCAGCCGAGGCUCCAACCUUACCCAACACCGGCGCAUCCAUACUGGUGAACGGCCAUUUGCUUGCGGCGAUUGCGGCAAAGGUUUCAUCCAACGCUCCGACCUGGAACGGCAUCAACGGGUACACACCGGCGAACGACCCUAUACCUGUGCUGAAUGCGGUAAGAGCUUCAGCGUCAGCUCCCACCUCGACCGGCACCAGAAGAUCCACGCAGCCGAACAGGCAUCCUACCGUUGCCCUGAACAUCUAGCUGGCUUCUUGGCUGCUCAUCGUCAUGGUCGCCUCUUCCAAUGCGCCCAAUGCGGGCGAUGUUUCAGUCAAGGCGCUGCCUUGCUCAAGCAUCAACGUGCCCACAGUGCCGGAGGAACUGUGGGGCAGCCCCCCAAGUGCCCGGAUUGCGGGAAGAACCGGGGUGGCACAGUAGGGUUACGUCCCCGCAGUCAGCAAUGUAUGGAUUGCGGGAGGGAAUCGGAUACCGCUGACGGUGAAACGGCACCGGCAGUACCGCCGGAGAAACCCUAUAAGUGCGGGGAAUGUGGAAAGGGUUUUGGGCAACGUUCGGCGCUGGUUAAACACCGGCGUAUCCAUACCGGAGAGAAACCCUAUGCCUGCGGGGAUUGCGGGAAGGGUUUCAUCCAGAAGUCGGACCUGACCAUCCAUCGCCGGAUGCACACCGGGGAGAAACCUUACCGUUGCGGCGAGUGCGGUAAAUGCUUCAGCGUCUCCUCCAACCUCAUCACCCAUCAACGUACCCACCUCGGCGAGAAGCCCUACCAAUGCCCCGAAUGUGGCAAGAGCUUCAUCCAACGGUCCGAGCUCACCAUCCACCAGCGCGUCCACACCGGCGAGAAGCCCUACAAGUGUCCCGAGUGCGGCAAGUGCUUCAGCCGUAGCUCCCACCUCAACCGCCACCAACGCACCCACACCGGGGACAAGCCCAAAGCCACCGCUGCCGCCGCCGCCAACCCCUCCGGCGCCUUCUCCAGCACCGCCUUCUCCCCGCCGUUGGGGGGUUCGGCGGCCCCCAUCCCCUCGCUGCCCUCCUUCCCUGCCUCCCCCUCGCCCCUGCCCAUCCCUUCCCUCUCCAGCCCUGCCCUGGACCUGCCGUGGGCCCUCUCCUUCCCUGCCCGCGCCUUCCCCCACCCCUCCUUCCCCUCGGCCCCCGCCUCGGGGGCCCAGACCUCCUCCCUCAUCAACUGAGUGGUGCCCGGCCCUGGCCGCAGCUCCAUCCUCCUCCCAACCUCCCCAGACACUCGCCCAACACCCAACCGGUGUUGGCCUUAAAGACCCAUUGUUGGAGGGCUUGUUCCUGCCCAGAGCCGUUCCGCCUUCGUGGGUAAUUAAUGACCUCUCUAAUUAGGGGAUGAGGCAGCUCCUCCAACCCUGACCACAGCCCCAGCUCCAUCCUCCUCCCUACCUCCCCAGUCGAUCGCCCAACACCCAGCCAGAGUUGGCCUCCAAGACCCGUCGUUGGAGAGCUUGUUCUUGCCCGGAGGUGUUCAGCCUUGGUGGCUAAUUAAUGAUCUCACUAAUUAGGGGAUGGGGAAGUCCCCUUUAUGCCAUGGCUCCAUCAUUCUCCCACCCUCCCCAGCUGCUCAGCCAACAGCCAUCCUUGGUUGACCUCAAAGACCCACAGUUGGGGGGGCGGUGUGCUGGGCUUGUUCCUGCCCAGAGCCAUUCAGCCUUGGUGGCUAAUUAAUGAUCUAAUUAGGGGAUGGGGGACUCCCCCCUUAACUUUUUAAUCCUUUUAACCAAAUUACUACCUUUUCACAGCAGACAAAUGCACACUUUUCCCAAGUCAAUGUCCCCAUGGCAGAGGGGGGACAGUGCCCACCACUGCCCCUUGGAUUCUGGGGUAGAGGGAAGUGAAUAAAAUCAAUUCCCCACCUAAUUAGGGUGAUUUUUAAUGAUGUUUUCCCACCCUUUCUGUCUCCUGCUGUGUUUUAAAGCACCACCAAGUGCAACCCAAAAUUUACCAAAUUUGUCCUAGGUGGGAGCUGGUAAAAACUGAAGCAGAAAAAGGGGUUUUGGUGUUUUUUCCCUUUUUCUGCUGGGUUUUACUUUUUGGGGCAGUUAUUUUGGGGGGUGGGCAGGGGAAGAGCCCCAUCUGGGAUCGAUGGGCAAAAUUGCUCUUUCUGUUUUUUUUACUGCUGUCGUGUGUUGUUCGUGGUUUUUUGGCACAGCUGGGCAGCGAUGAUGCUCCCCAAGUGCCAUUAUGGGGGGAAAAAACAUGGAUUUGGGUCACCAGCACUGCCAAGCAUGUGUUUCAGAGGAAAGACUUUAUCAUCAUGGAUGGAGCAGAGUCAACUGUGGGGUUUGCCCAAUCCCCCCAGUGUGUCCCCCUGAAACGGGAGCAAAAUCAAGCUGUUUUCAGCUUUUUUAAAAAAAAAAUAAUAAUUUUUUUUGUUUUGUUACUUUUGUGACUUUGUAUUCCCGCGUCGCCUACAAGUCGGUUCAAUAAACAAGAGCUGGGCGCCUACAUGCGUCCUGCAGCCGGCUCAUGAUGAAAA